AUGCGUGAGGCAGAACCAGAUGCUAAGGAAGCAACAGCAUCUACAUCAACACAAGUAAAAAAUAUUAAUAAUAUCAGAGCCUGCUUUUCACGUUUCAGUGGACAAGUUUUACUUGCCACCGCAUUAGUUAAUGCCAGGUCACACACAGGCUCAUUGAUCACGUUAAGAUGUCUCAUUGAUCAAGGAUCACAGGCUUCAUUUUUGACUGAAGCCGCUGUUCAACUUCUUGGGCUAAGAAAGAUUCCACACAAAAGCUCCAUUAUUGGUUUGGGUAGUGACCACUCAAGUUCUGUUGCCUCUAAAGCGAGGAUAGAAAUUGAGAUUGAAUCACGCCAUUGCAACUUUAAAAUUUGCGUCCAAGCUUUUGUGCUCAAUAAGCUCACCUCAGUACUUCCGGAAAGGAAUGCUGUUGUUAAUCUUAGUCCUGAAGUAUCUAAAUUAGUUUUAGCAGAUCCUUUCUUUGCAACACCAAACAAAAUUGACAUGCUCCUUGGAGCAGAUGUUUAUGGUCAGAUUUUGCUUGAAGGUCUGAUCAAGAAUUCACCCAGUGCAUUAAUCGCGCAAAAUACACAGCUGGGUUGGAUUCUAUCGGGUCCAAUUCAAUCCAGAUCGAGCUCCAGCACUAUUUGGUGCAAUCAUAUUCAUCAAAAUGAUGAAUACGAACUUAUGAAGAAGUUUUGGGAGCUUGAAUCGGAUCAAUUUGCCUCUGAUAAAUCACUUCUUACGGAGGAAGAAAUUAAAUGUGAGAAUAUAUACUCAUCAACUACUAGGAGAGAUAGUUCAGGACGCUAUAUAGUACAUUUACCAUUUCGAACCGAUGAUCCAAAUUGCAAAUAUGGUAAUUCAAAGGCUAUUGCAAUAAAACAAUUUAAUCGGCUUGAGAAUCGUUUAUUAAAAAAUCCUAAGCUUAAGGCUGAGUAUGCUGCUGUCAUAGAAGAAUAUAAAAAUUUAGGUCACGUGGAAACUGUGCCAUCACAUGAAGAAGAUUUGGCUGAUGCUGUAUACUUACCUCACCAUGCAGUGAUCCGAGAGGAUAAGGAUACAACUAAAGUCCGAGUUGUCUUCAACGCUUCUUGUUCAGGAACCAAUGGAAUCACAUUGAAUGACGAACUUAUGGUAGGCCCAUCACUACAACCUGACUUACGUCACAUUAUAAUGCGUUGGCGUCAAUAUCCAAUUUGUCUUGUCGCUGACAUUAUAAAAAUGUAUAGACAGGUGAAAAUAUCUGAAUUACAUACAAAUUUUCAACGUUUUGUGUGGCGUGAAGAUCCAGAUCAAAGACUGCAGCAUCUGCGCCUCUUACGAGUUACUUUUGGUACGGCUUCAGCACCUUAUCUCGCUGUGAAAUCAUUACAGCAAGUUGCACACGACGAUGGGGUGAAGUAUCCGCUGGCUGCUGAAAGGGUACUUCGUGAAUUUUACAUGGACGAUUUUAUGUCGGGUUGUUUUUCUGUGGAAGAAGGCAAGCAAAUUUAUAAGGAAAUAACACAACUUCUACAAGGAGGUGGAUUUGUCUUGCAAAAAUGGAGCAGUAAUAGCGAAGAAAUACUUAAAGAAAUUAACGAAGAUGUUGAAGAUCAAGCAGAAAACCUGAAACUAAAAAUAGAUGAAAUCAUGAAAAUUUUAGGACUUACCUGGAACAGAAGAACCGAUGAAUUUGAAUACGUAGUAAAACUUCCACAACUCUCUCCUUCUGUAAUAAAAAGAAAAGUUAUUUCAGAAAUUUCUCGAUUAUUUGAUCCUGUUGGUUGGCUUGCGCCAGUAAUAAUUUCAGCCAAAGUUUUUAUACAGAAAUUAUGGCUCUCGGGAAUUGAGUGGGAUGAUGAACUUCCUCCACAAUUACUGAAGGACUGGCUCAAGUGUAGAAGUGAAUUAGAUACACUUACCAAAUUUAGUAUCCCACGCUGGAUCAACAUCAAUAAUGAUGAUAAAGUUCGCGAAUUGCAUGGCUUCUGCGAUGCUUCAAAUGUUGCAUUUGCGGCAGUUGUGUACUUGCGAGUAGUUAAUUCCAAUGGGGAAAUUAAUGUUGCAUUAAUUGCUUCCAAAACAAAGGUAGCGCCCAUUAAACAAGUUUCGAUUCCGAGAUUGGAACUUUGUGGAGCUGUACUACUCACAAGACUGCUACUUGAAGUGUCUCAAGUCAUGGGUAUGGAGAAAUCUUCUAUUCAUGCGUGGACUGACUCACAAAUUGUGCUCGCUUGGCUUCAAGGACAACCUAGUCGUUGGAAAACCUUUGUCGCCAACCGUGUGUCGGAGAUUAUUACUUCGUUGGAACCGCAGCAAUGGCAACACGUAUCUACCAAGGAUAAUCCUGCAGAUUGUGCAUCGCGUGGCAGUACGCAAUGGGAUGUUCAACUCUGGAAGGAAGGGCCAAAGUGGCUGCAAGAAAAGGAUAUAAAUUUUACAAGAGGUCAAAUAGAAGAUACACAUUUAGAAGAAAGAAAAAUGAAAAUUUGUUUAAUUAUCUAA